AUGGUAUACAUUACCUCCGACCUCUUCGGCCCCAGCACCGCACGUGAUUGGCAACAAGACAAUACAUCUCACAAUUGGCAUACCAUGGCCCCCGACCAGCCCGCCGCCGGUCUUGGCAAGAGAAAGCGACAAGCAGGCGACGACAAACCACAACUAUACGAACGCCCGUGUACCUCACUUCACACAUCUGGCACCGACAUCUCCCCAAAGACCAUCCCACGUCACCACCGCUCCUCCCUAAGCCGCGACACCACCCGCCUCCACCACCCCAAUACCCCGCCAUUCGACUCCAACAACAACACCCUCUCCUAUGCCUUCCUCCCCUCAAAAGCCCACGACUUCCCGUCCGACCGCCGCCCCGUCAAACAACUCAAACGCUUCAGUCCAAAAGCCUCCCUCGUAAAAUCAACCUCGCACCUCAUGGAUAUCGAUCUCGACGUUCAAUCUCCUACUACUACUACUACU